AAAAAGUAAAUAAAUUGUAGGAGGAAUUGGCGCCAAUCGACGAUUCUAGACUCAGCCUUUGUAUUGUGAAGUAUUGUGUGAACUUGUAACUUUAUUUUCUUGAAGAUACCAUGUCGCAAUUUAUGGCACCACAGAUCCUUCUUUUAAAGGAAGGAACUGAUACAUCAGAAGGAAAGAGUCAUCUCAUUUCCAAUAUCAACGCAUGUCAGGCUGUAGUUGAUAUUGUUAGAACUACGUUAGGUCCUAGAGGAAUGGACAAACUUAUUCAAGAUGACAAGGGAAAAGUUACCGUUUCCAACGAUGGAGCAACGAUACUGAAACUUUUGGACGUUGUGCACCCCGCCGCCAAAAUGCUAGCAGACAUUGCCAAAUCUCAAGAUGCAGAAGUUGGAGACGGAACAACUUCAGUUGUCGUUUUUGCUGGAGAACUCCUGAAAAAUAGCAAAGAGUUUAUCGAAGAAGGUGUCCAUCCACAGAUCAUAUCGAAAGCUUAUCGAAAAGCAUGCGAACUAUCCUUGCAACACUUGAAUCACCUGGCUAUAGAUAUAGCUGGAAAGAGUCCAGAAGAGAAACAAACAUUAUUAGAAAGAUGUGCACAAACAUGUUUAAAUUCUAAACUGAUUGCAGGAAAGAAGGAAAUGUUCGCCAAGAUGGUUGUGGAAGCAGUCUCAUCUUUGGAUCCCGAUAUGGACAUAGCGAUGGUUGGCAUUAAGAAAGUUCAAGGAGGGUCACUUUCUGACUCUCAGUUGGUGAAAGGAGUAGCUUUCAAGAAGACAUUUUCAUAUGCAGGAUUUGAACAACAACCAAAGAAAUUUACCAAUCCAAAGAUAGUUGCAUUGAACGUGGAGUUAGAACUGAAGUCCGAAAAGGAGAAUGCAGAAGUUCGCAUUGAGUCGACUCAGGAUUAUCAAGGAAUUGUCGACGCAGAAUGGAGUAUAAUUUAUGAUAAAUUGGAAAAAAUAGUUGCUACUGGCGCCAAGGUUGUACUAAGUAAGUUAGCCAUUGGAGAUUUAGCUACGCAGUAUUUUGCAGACCGAGACAUUUUUUGUGCUGGCAGAGUUCCAGAAGAAGAUUUGAAACGCCUUAUGAAAGCAACUGGUGCGAGUAUGCAAUCAACAGUGAAUAAACUGACUGAAGAUGUAAUUGGCACUUGUGAAGUAUUUGAGGAAAAGCAAGUUGGCAAUGAACGUUACAAUUUCUUUACUGGUUGUCCAUAUGCCAAAACUGCAACUUUUAUUAUCAGAGGUGGCUCAGAACAGUUCAUGGAUGAAACAGAGCGUUCCUUACAUGAUGCUAUCAUGGUUGUCAAACGAACAUUGAAACACUCGAAAGCCGUUCCAGGUGGUGGUGCUGUGGAAAUGGAACUUUCAAAACUUCUUCGAGAAUACGCUAGAACGAUACAUGGCAAGUCACAGUUGUUGAUUUCCACUUUUGCAAAGUCGUUGGAAAUUAUUCCGCGAACCUUAUGUGAGAACGCCGGGUUAGAUGCAACCGAUAUUUUGAACAAACUUCGAGCGAAACAUGCCAGCAAUCUUUCCAGUGUAGGUAUUGAUUUGACGACAGGUGAAAUCUGUGAUACUUGGAAAUCUAUGGUUUGGGAACCUUCGCUUGUUAAGAUGAAUGUUUUAUCGGCUGCUACUGAAGCGGCUUGUUUGAUAUUGCAGGUGGAUGAAACCAUUAAGAAUGCACAAAGUAAUCAAGGUAGUGAUAGCUUUGGUGCAGGUGGAUUACCUGGUGGCCGUAGAGGAGGCGGGGCAGGUGGAAGAGGUCGUGGAAGACCUUUUUAGAUUCAUAUAAAAUCACAUUUGUUGCUUUUCAUCUUUUACUAGUAAACUGCCGUUUUUCUGUUGAAAUAAUAACGUGGAAACUUGAUAACGGUUUGUGACUGCACGACUUGUGAAGUUUCCGUUAAAUGAAUUUUUAAUAUCAACA